CAAAUUGAUACUCAAAAAAUUUGUGACCAAGCAAACAACUUUCCUUUGAUGCUAUAAAUAUAUUGCCUAAAACCAUCAUUGGAUAAGAAAAUCGCCAUAUCUAUACAAACAGAGGUUUUCUAAUCUAAUCACCUUAGCUAUAUAUAAAAAAAGAAAAAACAUCAAUGGCCAAUCCAAAGUCUGUGCUUCCUUUGUAUGAAAAAAAUUGGUACAAACACACUUACAAAAGAGUGUUGGAUAGCAUAAUUUUAAUCCUUCUUUUGUUGCUGCUUGGUUACCGUCUUGUAUCUGUCAACAACUACUCUCUUCCUUGGUUUGUUGCUUUCAUGUGUGAAUGUUGGUUCACCUUAGGUUGGAUUUUCACCAUGUCCACUCAAUGGAAUCCUGCUCUUGUCAAAACCUACCCUCAACGUCUCCUCCAAAGUGUAGAAGAACUCCCAGCGGUGGAUAUAUUUGUGACAACAGCAGACGAGGAGUUAGAACCACCAAUCAUCACAGUAAACACAGUGUUAUCACUACUAUCACUCGAUUAUCCAUCUCACAAACUAUCUUGUUACGUUUCCGAUGAUGCUUGUUCUCCUCUAAUCUUCUACGCUCUUCAACAAGCUUCCAAUUUCGCAAAACAUUGGGUCCCUUUUUGUAAAAAGUACAACGUACAAAUUCGAGCUCCAUUUAGAUACUUCAAUGAUGACAACGACGAGUGCACCACAAAUAAUGAAGAAUUCAGACAAGAAUGGUUGCAGAUGAAGGAUAUGUAUGAAAAUCUUAGCCGGGAAAUAGAUGUGGACCCAAAAUCGAUUCCAAGCUUACUUGAAAGAGAGUUUGCAAUUUUCUCAAAUACAAAUCGGACAAAUCAUCCCGCUAUUAUUAAGGUUAUAUUGGAGAACAAGGAAAUGGUUGAAAAUGGAUUGCCACAUUUAAUCUACAUAUCUAGAGAGAAGAGGCCAAAGCAACCGCAUCAUUUCAAAGCCGGUGCAAUGAAUGUCUUGACAAGAGUCUCCGGCUUGAUUACCAAUGCACCAUUCAUGUUAAACGUCGAUUGUGACAUGUUUGUAAACAAUCCAAAGAUUGUUCAACAUGCGAUGUGCAUUUUACUUGACUCAAGGGGAGAAAAAGAAGUUGCUUUUGUUCAGUGUCCUCAACAAUUCUACGCUACACUUAAAGACGAUCCUUUUGGAAAUCAGAUGACGAUUCUGUAUAAGUAUCUUAUGGCUGGAUUAGCAGGACUCCAAGGACCUUUUUACGGUGGAACAAACUGUUUUCAUAGAAGAAAAGUUAUGUAUGGUCUUUCUUCUGAUGACGUGGAAAAUGGGUCAAACAAAUUAUCUGAGGAGGAAUUAAAACAAAAAUUUGGAGCUUCCAAUGAACUUAUAAAAUCAGUUGUUCAUACUUUGGAAAGGAGGACUUAUUCACCUAGUGACAUUAAUGUUAAGAAAACAGUUGAAGAAGCUAAUCAUGUUGCUUGUUAUGGAUAUGAAUAUGGAGCUUCCUGGGGUAAACAGGUUGGUUGGAUGUAUGGAUCAAUAGCAGAAGAUAUCUUAACUGGAUUGACAAUGCACGAAAAAGGUUGGAGAUCGGAGUUAUGUACACCGGAUCCAGUUGCUUUCACAGGUUGUGUUCCAAGUGAUAACAUAACAAAUAUGUCACAACAUAAGAGAUGGGUCACUGGAUUGCUUGGAAUCUUCUUUAGCAAGCAUUGUCCUAUUUUUGGAACAAUUUUUACUAAACUUUCUUUUAGAGAAUUCUUAGCUUAUAUGUGGAUCAUUAAUUGGGGCAUCAAUCCAUUUGUGCAAGUAUGCUACUCUUGUCUAAUUGCUUAUUGCAUCAUUAUCAACUCCUAUUUCUUGCCAAAGGAUCAAGGCAUAUAUAUUCCUAUAACACUAGUUGUGAUUUACAAUGUAUAUACUCUAUAUGAAUAUUUGGCUUCAGGGUUGUCAAUUAGAGCAUGGUGGAACAAUGAAAGAAUGUCAAGAAUAUCACCUAUGAAUGCUGGAUUCUGUGGAUUUAUUACUAUGUUACUAAAAUUAUUGGGAGUAUCCAACAUUGUUUUCAACAUAACAAAGAAAGACCUUCCCCCAUUUAGCGAGGAUACACAAGAUAAGAAUGUUGGUAGAUACACAUUCGACGAGUCGUUGGUUUUUUUGCCGGGAACUACUAUCUUAUUGAUGCAAUUAACAGCAAUAUUUAUCAAGUUGUUGGGGUUUCAAAAACAAGGCUUAAGGGGGAGUUAUGAGUGUGGAAUGGUUGAAAUGUUAUGUAGUGUCUACUUGAUCAUAUGUUACUGGCCAUUUCUUAGAGGAUUGUUUGAGACAGGAAAAUAUGGGAUUCCUUUGUCUACAAUAUGCAAAGGAGGAACUUUGACGUGUUUGUUUGUCUUUCUAUGCAGAAGGACAAUUUCUGGUUGAUAUGUGUUAUUUAGGAUGUAAAUGUCUUCACCAUGUGUCACAAUAUUUGUUUAGAGAUUUAUUUAUAAAUUGUAAAUCAUUUGCAAAGUGUAGCAUUUGUCCGAGGGUAAAAGCUAUGCACUUGUUGGUUCCUGUUUGAGAAGAAUUUCAUUAACAAAAUACAACUUAUUCUUUUUGCAA